GACCUUGUGCAGGGGCGUGACCGUGCCGAGGACGAAGAUGGGGAACGUGGCCACGGCCCUGCCAAGGUGGAAGUAGGGCGGUAUGAUCCACGCCGGGUAUUUGCCCCGUGUCCACAGAUCUGGCCCGGAGGACCUCGGGCAGCGCCGGAUGUGACGAUUGGAGCGGAGAAGUCUGCAGAUCCAGCGCUCCGCGAGAUCCUCGGGGGCACGUCUCCAGAUCUGAGUGACAUGGGGACCAUCCCUGGCGCGGAGAUAGGAAGGUAGAGCCCAAUGCACGCGGCGAUGGCCUGGAGUGCCUCAUAGGAGUCAGGGCUGAGGGGUCUGAUCCGACCCACUUCCGUUUCGCCUCAUGUCCAGUCGUCGGGAAGCGGGUUGAGGGGGGGGCGAGGACGAGGAGGACGAGGACCAGAUGGAGGGAGGAGGAAGAGGGAGGAACCACAGGAGGAGGCAGGUAGUACGAGGGGAGGGGGCCAGGUCGACCUCCUUCUGCGAGACGAGGACUUGUACGCAUCCACCGCUGGGGGGAGCCGAUCUCCCCGGAACCCAGGGUGGCGACGGUUGUGGACACAUCUGGGACACCCGAGGGGGGUCGAACAAGGCCACCACCCCCUGGGUUCUAGGAAGAGUUCCCGGGAUGGUGGACGUGCACACGUCGCAGCCUCGAGCCAUCUGCCCCUGGCCCCGUCUGGAACCCUCCACAUGGUAGCGCUGACUAGGCGGCGACCGGGGCUGUCGGGCAUCGCCCACAGCAGAGCAAAGUUGAAAAGCUUCCACACCACCAGGGACUGCAAGAACCACUGGAUGCCGCCACCGUUGUCCAGCAGCUGGCCGGCCCCGUACCUCAGCACAGACGCCCAGCCGUCUGGGAAGAAGGCGGCGAGGUCUGGCUCCGGCUUUUUGAGAACCGACUCCGAGAGAGGCAUGAAGAUGAAGGACCAGAAGACCAGGGGCAUGAACAGCUUGAAGAAGACAGCCUUGAAGGCCUCGGCGCUCGGAGGCUGCCUGGACAGAAGCCCACUAAUGAAGCAGUACAACUUCACCACGGCGGGGAACAUGCUGACCAACUCUGUGGCCUCGCGGACGUCAUGGGGCCAGCCGUCAGAGUACCACAGCGUGGAGUCAAGCAUGUGUGUCAAUACGACGAAUAUUUGCAACAUGCAUCGCGAAUUAUCCAGCAGCACGAUCCGCUGUCCCUUCUCAAGGCCCGACGUGGGGACAGCAUCAACUCUCCUCUUGAGCCGCCACGUACCGACGGCGGUGAGCGCCACGAUCACCAAGCAGAUCAAGUCAGUGAUCCAACUGCAGCUGUAGCGGAGCAUCGCGUGCAAUGAGUGUGUUCCUGAUGGCCUCUGGAGGUCCAGCGCAGCUCCCAACAAACACCGUGCGUUAAUUAGCCCAGAGAGGCUUGAACAAAGAACGUCU